UUAGAAUCUGACUUAACACCAUCUAUAGAUUCUGAAGAGAACUUAAUAGAUUGGGUUGCUGUACUGGUAACCUGUUUACUUUUCUGCAUUACAACGUUUAUAUUUGCUGCUUAUGAUACAAUCGGUACUACGUUUAUAAUGGACAUGUACGGAUUUAAACCGGACGAAGCAGUUUUUUACCAAGGCCUUCUACUAUCAUUUGUUGCUCUCGUGUUUGUCGCUGUUGUAUUCGUGCUCAGAUACUUAAAAUCAAUUUUAAGUGAACGAGCGUUAUGGUUGGCUGGUUUUGUUAUCACUCUUGCUGGAGUGUUCAUCAUGAUGCCUUGGGGAACAAACACUAUGCUGGAUGAACAAGCAAAACGAGAAAAGGAAGAAGUCUCUGUCUUGAACACAGUUAUCGACGACGGCCAGAACACGACCUACAAGAUAUGUUACAAGGAAUUCCAUUGGUGCGAAUAUACUCCAUUUAUCCACCUAGCCCAAUACCUCAUCGGCUUCAUUCUCAAUAUGGGCGUUGGAUAUGGAUUUGCUUUUAUUAUGGCGUCGACUAUUUAUUCCAAAGUACUUGGAAAUUUAAAUCAGGUGA